AUGAAGUCAUCCAUUGGAGCUUUAUUUAUGUUCUUGUGGCUGCAGCUGAACUGGGUCAGCCACGGAGAGAAAGUGGAUCAGCAUCCUUCUACCCUGAGUGUCCAGGAGGGAAACACCGCUGUUAUCAACUGUUCUUAUUCCGACAGUGCCUCAAGUUACUUUCCUUGGUAUAAACAAGAACCUGGAAAAGGUCCCCAGUUCAUUAUAGACAUUCGUUCAACUAAGGACAAAAACCAAGCUGGAAGACUCACUGUUUUCAUGAAUAAGGCGGCCAAACAUCUCUCCCUGCACAUCGCAGCCACCCAAACUGGAGACUCCGCAGUCUACUUCUGUGCAGCGAGUACACAUUGCUUCCCAGGCACCUGCAUCCUGUACACAAACCUGCGAGUGGGGCAGCCCCCUCUGCCUGGGAGAGACCUGCAAGCAUAG